GACAUUAAUUUCAUCUGUACCCCAUUACUGGUACCAGUCACUGGUCACCAAGCAGUUUUCCAAAAUUACAUGAAGCCCUUAGUUUUGUUGCUUGGAGCCCGGCAGCAGCUCACAAUUUCAAACGCAUCGUCUUUUUGAAACUCCCAACACAAAAAAAAUGAUUGUUUUCCUCACCACCAAACCAAUGCACGCAUCACCCACUACUCUGGCUGACGAUUGCAUGGGAGGAGACGACGACUUGUUCCUGCGUAGGGUGCGAGUAUCGCGAAAGCAAUCCAUGAUGACCACCUCUCUUUCGCACCACUUAUUGGAGGAUGAGCUUGGCUGGAGCAGUUCCUCGAGCAGCGAUGACGACAUUCCUUUACUACUAGACGCUUCGUUGUCCUCCAAAUCGCACUUGAGUGUUUCCUUUCACGAGGAGCCUCAAAUCCAAAUGAUCCCCACGAUUGAUGAGUAUACUCGAGACGAACUGGAGAGCAUGUUUUACAUUCGGGAUGACUAUGAAGAUAUUCUGGAAGGUGCCGAGAUUGCCGCCAGCGGGUGGAUGAGCAAGGAUGACACCCAUCGUGGUCUCGAGCGAUUCACAAUGGAAGGAAGAAGACACUCCAAAGACCGAAAAAGAGCCGUCAUCUCGGCAGUACUAGAGGAACAAUGGCGGCAUCACAGCGAAGAGGGAGAGAAACAAAAAAGGGACCCACCAAACCUAGUACUGGCACAAGUCUCUCGACGACUAUCCGUUGACUGCCAAAAUCUUGCCUACGAACGAGCCUACCAGGACGAAUUGGAGAGUUUGCCACGGCAAACCAGGGAAGAUGUCAAACCCAGCUUUCUGUCACGCUGGAGUAUGGUGUUCCAACCGCUCGCUUUUAGCAGGAAGGAACAAGCAGAGGAAGAAACAAUAGAGGGGAUGGUGCAGCUAAUAGUCUAAUUAGCUAAAUUUUGUAUUAUAGAGUCAACAAUGACCACUCACAGCUAAACAUCCGCUAUUCAUCUAGCUUUGCAUGGAUCCAUCGAACUCGCGCGCACAGAGCCAAUGACGACCUGCCAUGAAGAAAAUGGCUGUUUGUCGGCUUCAUGCAG